GUAUGGCCCUUCCGGGAACCCGUACUCAAUGACGACAGCGUUUGUUUUACUAUGUGACGUUGUGCCCUGAAGAUGGCUGACGGGGAAGAAGGUUGGUGGGGAGGCUGGUUCCAGCAGAGCUUCCAGGCGGUCCGGGAUAAGUCCGCCGAGGCCUACGAGUUUCUGAAGCGGGAUUUGUCCGAGUUCGGCAGUGUGGUGCAGCAUGAUACUGCCUGCUCCAUCGCGGCCACGGCCAGCGCUGUCCGGAGCCGGCUGGCGGUGGAGGGCACCUCAGAGACCACAGAGAAGGUGAAGAAGAGCCUGUCUAACAUUCUGGGGGUGAUUACGGACACCCUGGCCCCGCCCCCUGACAAAACCAUUGACUGUGACGUUAUCACGUUGAUGGCCACGCCCACUGGGACCACGGAGGAAUAUGACAGCGCGAAGGCUCGUCUGUACAGCCUCCAGGCCGACCCAGCGACCUACUGCAAUGAGCCUGACGGUCCUCUAGAGCAGUUUGACACCUGGCUCUCCAGCUUCCAUCUGGAGGACAAGAAGGGCGAGAUCUCAGAGCUCUUGGUCAACAGCCCCUCAAUCCGGGCCCUGUACACCAAAAUGGUUCCCGCAGCUGUGGCACACAGUGAAUUUUGGCAGCGUUACUUUUAUAGGGUUUUUCAGCUUGAUCAGGAGGAGGCCAGGAGAGUCGCACUGAAGCAGAGAGCGGAGCGAACUGCCUAUUCAGAGUCCCCUAGAUGGGAGGAAGAUGAGGAGGAGGAGCGUGCCCGUGACCAGUUCUGUGGGGCAGCUUCUGCGUCCCGGUGGGAGGAGCCUCUGCUCUCGUCCCCAGAGCAGGCUGAGCCGGCCAGCGAGAGCUGCAGCCUCCCGACCCAGUUGGAGAAUCUGCCAGAGGAGUCUCCGGUUCAGAAGACGACCAAGGUGCCUGUUGAGGAUCCCCAGGCUCCAGGCGACCCUCUGCAGUCCCUCCAAACUCCAGCGCCCAGCGUGGGACUCAACGCGAUUGCACCACCCACCCAGGAUGCAGCAGCAGGAGCUGGAAAAGCAGAAGACGAGGCCACGGGGCUGAAGGUGCCCCCUAGGGGCCAAUCUGGUAGAGAAGAGGGGCCCCAGGACCUUCGGGUAUUUGAGCUGAACUCUGACAGUGGCAAGUCUACUCCCCCCAACAGCGGCGAGAAAGGUUCCAGUACAGAUGUCAGUGAGGACUGGGAGAAGGACUUCGACCUGGACAUGACUGAGGAGGAGGUUCAGCUUGUGCUGUCCAAAGUCAGCGGCCCUGGGGAGCUGGAGGAGGAGGACUGGGAGAGCUGGGACUGAAGAGGAGACCCAGAGCUGCUGUCACACUGUGGAUCUCCUGGCCCAGGGCGCCCCCUGGCGUCACUCCUAGUCCAUGCCGUCACCAUUUCCCUUGCUGCCUCUGUUCUCGGGUCGCCGGCGGGUGGCUCUGCCUGGGACUGUGCGCUGUCGCUCAGAGACCAGCGCUCGGCACAUGCAGGCCGACAUGCCCUCCGCUUGUGAUUUCUGGCUUCGGGGAUAAUCUCGUGUUUCUGUGGGAGCUUUGAGCCGGUGUCUGGGGCGGCUGGCCCUCCGCCUGCUGGAGGAGUGAGCGGCCGCCCGGGGAUCAGAGGCGGGGGGGGGGGGGGGGGGGGCCAGGCUGCGCACCAUUUAAUGUAAUAUCACCUUUGCACUUUUCCUCCUGUAUAGGGCCACCAUUCAUAAAUCUUUCUGGGUGUAGGAUUGUCAUAAAGCAGAUUAUUAAUAUUUGAAGUGUAAGAUGAUAUAUAUUAAUAUUUUUGUGUAACUAAUGUAUUCUCUUCUUGCUUUGUAUUAUCUGGACUUGCUGAGCACCUGCUGUCAUAUGCAAGCUGAAAUAACUGGGUUAAGUAGAAAGUUCUCGGCCAUGUCCUAGGGCACUGAAAGCCGGAUCUCUGGCUGUUGGCCCUCACUCGGCCUCGUGGAGCCCCCCCGGGCUGAGGGAGACGGCUGAGCAGAACGCAAAGCUUCGUGUCCCACGUCACGUCCCCACAUCCCCAGCAGCAUGUUCGUGACAAGAGUGCGACAGGCUCUGUUGAUUGGCCCAUCAGACAGUCACAUGACCAGAGCUGGACACAGCUGGGAAUAAUAACCUAAGGUUUGCUGUACAGCGCAUGUCUGACAUUUUCUCCUCGAUGGAGGCAUAUGUUUAUCCAUUCCUGUUUAUAUUUUUUGCUAAUUAAUAAACAUAGUGCUGUCA